CUCCCUUUCUCCCACAGCUACAACUGCUCUCCUCUUCAACCCCCUUCUCUCCCAUUUCUAACAUUUACACAAACCAAAAUGACUUUCACACCCGCGAAAACAAACUCUAGUUCAUGUGCUGCUCCCCAAUUCCUUCACCCACUCUCUUCCAAGUCUUCUCUUGUUGAACUCAGCUCUCCCUCCAAAUCCUUUUCCGUCAGGAAGCCUACCAGAGGAGCUAAAAUCCACUGCGCCCUGCACUCCCCCUCAGUUCUCACUUUGCCCAAACGCCCCUUCCAAACACCCACACUUCCCAAAACUGAUUCCCCUGCUCACCCGCCGGCGCCACCGCUCCCGCCGCACUGGAACUUACUACAAAAAGCGGCUGCCCAAGCGCUCGACGCGAUGGAGAGCGCGUUGGUCUCACGCGAGCGCCAACACCCUCUUCCCAAAACCGCCGACCCUCGCGUCCAAAUUGCCGGAAAUUUUGCUCCGGUGCCGGAGCAGCCCGUACGCCAUAACCUCCCCGUCACCGGCACUAUUCCAGAAUGCAUUAACGGCGUUUAUGUGAGAAACGGCGCCAACCCUUUACACGAGCCACUCGGCGGCCACCACCUCUUUGACGGCGACGGCAUGAUCCACGCCGUCGCCCUCAACGGCGGAAAUUCCGCUAGCUAUGCUUGUCGGUUCACCGAGACACAAAGGCUGGUCCAAGAACGUGACUUGGGCCGGCCCGUUUUCCCGAAAGCCAUCGGGGAACUCCACGGGCAUUUGGGCAUAGCCCGACUAAUGCUAUUUUACGCCCGAGGGUUAUUCGGGUUAGUGGAUCACAGCCAUGGAACCGGUGUGGCAAACGCCGGACUAGUAUAUUUCAAUCAAAGACUUUUAGCCAUGUCGGAAGAUGAUCUUCCUUAUCAAGUGCGGAUAACUCCCUCAGGCGAUCUUGAAACGAUUGGGAGAUAUGAUUUCGGGGACCAAUUGAGGAGCACGAUGAUUGCUCACCCGAAAAUUGAUCCUGUUUCCAAGGAGCUUUUUGCUUUGAGCUAUGAUGUAGUUCAGAAGCCAUAUCUCAAGUACUUCAAAUUUUCCACGGAUGGGAAGAAAUCGCCUGACGUUGAGAUACCGCUAGAUGUACCCACCAUGAUGCACGAUUUCGCCAUCACUGAGAACUUGGUGGUGAUUCCUGAUCAACAAGUGGUGUUCAAGCUUCAAGAAAUGGUUAAGGGUGGCUCACCCGUGAUAUAUGACAAGAACAAGAAAUCAAGGUUUGGGAUCUUGUCAAAGAAUGCUCAAAAUUCUGAAGAUAUUAAAUGGAUUGAGUGCGCCGAUACUUUCUGCUUCCACUUGUGGAACGCUUGGGAGGAGCCAGAGACUGAUGAAGUUGUUGUGAUCGGCUCAUGCAUGACUCCAGCCGACUCCAUUUUCAACGAAUGCGAUGAAAAGUUCAAGAGCGUCUUGUCAGAAAUCCGCCUCAAUUUAAAAACCGGCGAGUCAAAGAGGCGGCCCAUAAUUCAAUCCUCGGAACAGAUCAAUUUGGAAGCCGGCAUGGUGAACCGGAACCGCCUCGGCCGGAAAACAAGGUAUGCUUAUCUUGCAAUCGCAGAGCCAUGGCCUAAAGUUUCAGGGUUUGCAAAAGUGGACCUCUCCACCGGAAAAGUAGAGAAAUUCAUCUACGGCGACCGGAGAUACGGCGGGGAGCCGUUUUUUGUGCCGAGAGACCCAAAUUCGGAGAGAGAAGAUGAUGGGUACAUUCUGUCAUUUGUACACGACGAAAAGGCCUGGAAAUCAGAGUUGCAGAUCGUAAAUUCGAUGACAUUGAAGUUGGAAGCUUCAGUAAGACUUCCAUCGCGAGUCCCAUAUGGAUUUCAUGGCACAUUCAUAAGCUCAAGGGACCUGGAAAAUCAAGCCUGAUGGAUGGAAAUCAGUGUUUGAACAAAUUAAGGGCUGUACAUUUAUGUGUAAAAAAAUAUAUAGGUGUAAGAUGAGUAGUGCAUAUCUAUCUCUAUAAUGGAGGAGGCAUAAGCCUGAGGGAUGGGUAGAUUUAGAGGCAUCGUCCCCGGAGUCUCCUCUGCUUUUGAAUUUUAGCAGUGAUGAGUCAGUUUUUAUUGUUUUUGGUUACAGUAGUGUUGUUCAGGAAGCCCAGCUUGUAGCUUUUGGUGUACAGCGCUACUAAUGGAGCUCAGCUGGUUUCUGUUCCUUUUUGUCCACUCUCUUUGUUAAUUACCCAAUUUUUUUUUA